AUGUUUUCAAUUGAUUUAUCAUUACUUGACUCUGUAUUAUGGGGUCUAGUAAUUUAUUCAUUUAUUUAUAUAUACUUUUAUCCGACAUCAGCAGCCAGAUUAAUUUCUAAAAUAAGAAUUUUUAUAAAAUAUUUUCCAUUAUUAUAUUCAAAAAGAGCACAAAUCUUACCAUAUUGGAAAACUAUAUUAUUUCAUCAAGAUGAUAUAAUUGAUAAAUUACCAAUUUAUGAACCUUAUUUAUCGGAAUUAAUAGAUGUACUACCUUAUAUAGCACCACAUAUGACAUUGAUAUUUGAACAUUUACACAAGAUUGGAGAAAGGAAUAUACCAAGAGUAAUUCAUAUAAUACCAAAGGUUUAUCCACAUAUUCAAGAUAUAUUCAUUCAUAUUGAUUCAAUAGUACCAAACAUGGAUGAAAUAUUGGAUAACAUAGACACAAUUGAACCCUACAUUGGGGAUCUAUUGCCAUUUGUUGAGCAAUUGUCACCCCAUUUCAAGCAAUUGGCACCUUAUUUAGAAGCGUUAUUACCAGAUUGUAAAAAUACAUUACCCUAUAUGAAAAGGUUAGAACCUUACAUACCAAAACUACUACCACAUUUACAUUUCCUCUCAAUUUAUUCCCGUCAAUUAACACCAUACAUCGAUGAAUUGUUACCCCACAUCGAUAAGAUCCUACCCCAUCUCGUUCAUAUAGACCCACUGAUGCCAUUGAUUUCAAAAGAGAUUGACGUGAUAUUACCCCACAUUGAUGUGAUAUUCGACCAUUUCUUUGACAUCCUACCCUAUGCAAGGGAUUUACUACCAAAGGCUAGAAUGUUGACACCCUACGCAUCCUAUUUAAAACCACAUCUUCAAGAUUUAAAACCAAAUAUAGAUAUACUCAUAAAGAAUUGCGAUUCUAUCAUACCAUAUAUACCAAUCAUCGAGCCCCACAUCGGCCAACUACUACCCUACAUCAAGAUACUGCUACCCCACAUCGACCAACUAUUACCCUAUGCCCAUAUAAUUGCACCACGUUGUUCAAUACUGUUACCAUAUGCUCCAAAGUUAUUGCCCCAUCUAAAUCUACUGUUACCCCAUUCAUCCUUGUUAAUGUACCAUUCUCACAAAUUAAUACCAUUAAUCAAUAAACUCUAUCAGUACAUACCAAUGUUAAUGCCACAUUUCAACUUUUUAAUCAAUCAUAUAGAUGACCUAUUGGAAUGUCAAACUUGCCUUUUACCUUAUACCGAUAUCUUGCUACCAAAGUUACAUCUUCUUUUACCCUAUUCAAAGAUUCUAUUACAACGUGAAAAUAUUAAAAAGCUAUCCCCUUUCAUUGGUACCUUGGCUCCGUACGCUCAUCAUCUCUUGCCACAUUGUGAAUCAUUACUCAAACAUUUACCUCAAAUAGUUGCUCAUAUGCAUAAUCUUACACCUUAUAUACCCGCUAUUUUACCUCACCUUAAUCAAUUGAUUGUACAUAUCGAUAUAAUCGUACCACAAUUGGAUUAUUUAGCACCACAUAUGCAAUACCUUGUACCACAUUUAGAUGUUGUCGUCCCAAAUUUACCAAAACUUUUAGAUAGAACCAAAUCAAUUCUACCAUUUAUUCACGAAUUAAUACCCUCAGUUCAUCAUUUCAUUCCAUUGGUAUCUCAAGUUUCUGCAUCUUUACCUGAUAGAACUUUAAAAUCAAGUCAUUCUCAAUCCUCAAUAAAAUAUGAUUCUUCAUCUUUAACUCCUGAAAAAUCUGAAAAAUAUCAUAAAAGACAAACUUCUGCUGGUAAUUUAGGUUCAAAUAAUAUUAAUAAUAAUUAUAGCAAUAAUCAUGGUGGUGUUCCAACAAUUGUAAUAGGUAAUAAAGAGAAUAGUAGUAUCUAUACAGUCGGUACAAAUGGUCAUUUAAAUACUCAAACUAAAGUUGAUAAUAUUAAUAAUACAACCAUUCAUAGCGAAAUAACACAUGAACAUAAAAAGAACUCUUUUAGAGAAAAAUUAAAAAGUCAUUUCUUCAAACAUAAUAAAGAUGAUAUAGAUGAAGAUGUUGAUGAAAUUGAAAAAUUAGAAGGUAGUCUCUCCUAA